UGCAAGGGAGGAGACAAACGAGGCUAUGGAGAGGUACUAUGGAUGGCUCUAUUUGAGUCACCAUCCACACCAGGUCUUGUCGUCCUCUUAUUGUCGUACAAACUGGGCGAAAUGGGGGCCAUGAAUAUGUUACCAUUGAUGCUUCUAGACCACGGCAUGUCUGUGCCCGUUGUGGGUUUCUGGACCGGUGUUGUUGGCCAAGCAUUCUCUAUUGCUGGCUCGUCCUUCGCCUCGGCCAUAGUGCGACGCUUUGGGAAUACGGUAGAUUGCCUUCAAUGGCUAUUUCUCUGCCGUAUUGUGAUGAUCGCAUUGCUCACCACUUUCGCCUUCGUCAUCAACAUUGUCAGCCACUGGUUUGGUGUAGCCCUAAUGAAUGCAACUCUGCUUGUGAGUGGAGCUAUCACUACAAAUGUCUUCACCCUCAUGAUGGAGUGCACACGGAGCGAGGUGGCAGAAGCUGCUCGUGCUACCCAUUACACAAUCCUCUCUACUGCCGAGGUGCUGGGCAAACUCCUCUUCUCCUCCCUUGGCGCUGCCGCUCUCACCGACAUCCUGGGUUACCCGUUGGCUUACCUCCUCUUUCUCGCACUAAAUAUCCUUCCACCCUCGCUUCUCAGGCUUAGUCGGCAAAGGUGGCCAUUUAUUUAUUCAAGUAAACUAGGUUCGGGUGACAUCUCCCUCGGCACACUUCUCUAA